AUGUUCCGAACCUACGCUGUGCUCGGCUCCCUAGCCCUCGCCGCCUUUAUCUACCCUGUCGCCGCUCUUCCUCUUGAACCCCGGGACCCUCAGCAACAAAACCCUGGCUCUCCCGGCAUCAACAUCCCCCCAUCGAACAACCAACCCGGCUUCAACCUCGGGCCUGGAGGCUUCAACUUUGGAAACCCCGAAUCCGGGGGCGGUGGUGUUAGCCUGGGUCCUGACGGUUUGAAGAUCAGCCCCGGCAACGGUCAACCCGGAAUUACUGUGGGCACUGGCCAACCUGCCCAGCCAGCUCCCAAGCCACCCCGCCGUGUUCUCGAUGAUCAAGACCUGAAGGGUGAGGAUGAUUAG